AUGCCUGAAACUCGAUCAACUAGUAACUCCGAAGGAAGACAGACUAAUGGGAUAGGUCAUGGCGGUCGUGGAAGUCGUGGUGGAAGUCGUGGCGGUCGUGGAAGUCGUGGCGGUCGUGGCAGUCGAGGUCGUGGAGGUCAUGGAGGUAGUGGAGGUCGUGGAGGUCGUGGAGGUCGUGGAGGUUGUGGAGGUUGUGUUGGAGAUAGCAGCAGAGGUUCAAGUGAUCGGGAAUCCAGUGACCACAAAGAACAUUCUGAUUCCGAUGAGAUUGCAUUCACUUUGGAGAACUAUGAAAGCCGAAUGUCGUCUUGGACCAAUAAACAACUUCGUGAUGUCUUAGGAAAGCAAACUCGAACUUCUAACCGGAUUCCUACUGAAGUACAAGAAGCACUGUUAUUCCACAAAAAGAACUACUGUAAGAUUAAGUUGAUGCUGGCGCUGAUUGGGAAUGUUUCUGAAAAGAGUGUCAACUCUUGGUUAGAGCUGAAAACCGGAUUGAAUCUACUCAGGGGAGAAGAUCAACCACCAAGAAGAAAGAGCAAUUGGAAUCGGUAUGUAGCUUUCAGCAUGGAAAGCUCAAUUACACCAGUUCCUCCAAAAGGUUGUUCGGAGGGAUGGGAAGAAAGAAAUGUCCACCUUGGAAAGGCAUGGGCUGCCCUCUCUGACAAUGAAAAAAAAGUUUUCGAUGAAAAGAUUUUUUGCUUCUUUUCAAAACUACCUACUUCCCUGGACAACCAUGAUACCGAGGAAGAAGAAGAAGAAGAAGAAUCUCUUACUCCUGAGGAAGAGGCCCUCUAUCAACCUCUUUAUCAAAGAUUGGUAAAUCAUGAAAAGGUCGAGUUCUUGGCAGGUAGUUCUCAACCUCCUGAUAAUACGUCGGUGUUUUCACAAAGAGCACUCAAGCAUAUCAUCCGUAUCAAUUCCGAGCUUUUCACUGUUUCCAACCUGUACAACUUGACAUUUUACUUGUUGUCAGCGACCAGGUUCCCCGGGAAUGGAAGCUUCUGUGAAGAGUUGUCAAACGAUCCCUCCUGGCUGCAAAUUGCGAAGUCGAAGUGGUUUGCCAAGGAGAACUUUGAAGCGUAUAGUCAUGGAAGAGAUAUUCAACAAGUUCUUCAAGAAUCUUUGGCUGAAACCAACAGGCCUGCCAAACGACCAAAACAUGCUGAUACUGUAAGAACUCAGUUGCGUCAGGAGCUCAAUAAAUUACUAUGUGGUUUCCUUUUCUUAGGUCUUGCACUCGGAGUUGAAUACGAUCCUUCCCCCAAGAAAAAGGGUCCAGUUUUCCCCAAACAAAAGGAUCCGGUGACUCUGCUGGAGAAGGAACAUCCGGCUGUUAAGAUAGUCCAGUUAGAGAAUUCAACUCUGAAGGUUGAUGAGUUAGCAAUUGGGUUAGAAUAUAUGCGUAAUCCUGUACGGGAAAAGUGGCUUGAUGAUAUUAAGAAUGGUGUUUUUACCCUUGUUUCGGACACCUCUGAAUAA